AUGCACAUCUGUAGGAUAGAUAUCGCAAAACACAUAAAUCGCACCAAAACAUUCACAAAUUACUGUAAUAUUCGAUUUCACUCAAUUAAACCCCCAAAUAGUCCCUCACUAAAGGGCAGCAAGUCAGCAUUCAUACCAUAUGAAACCUGCGACAUUAGGAACAUAGGAAUUAUGGCGCAUGUAGACGCUGGUAAAACUACUUUAUCAGAGUCAGUUUUAUACCUUGCAAAUGAGAUAUCCUGCAUGGGUAAUAUCGACGAUGGAACGACUCAACUCGACUUUAUGCCGUUGGAACAGGAAAGGGGGAUAACAAUCAGAUCUGCCUUUUCCACUUUUAGAUGGCGAAACAAUUUGAUUAACUUAAUAGAUACGCCAGGACAUUCCGAUUUCUCUUUGGAUGUUUACCGUGCAAUGGAGGUUAUAGAUGGCUGUAUACUUGUAAUCGAUGGAUCACGGAAUGUUGAGGCCCAAACAAUUCAUAUUUAUUCCAAGUUACCUAAAGAUAUUCCGUUGAUUAUAUUUGUCAAUAAGUUAGAUAGGGAGGGAGUUUUGUUGAAUUCUAAUGUCAAAAAUAUUGGACAUAGACUCAAAUGCAAUCCAGUAGCAAUGGUAAGCAUUUUAAACAAUGGAAAUGUCGUGGAUUUGCUGGCAAAUGAUCGGCUGAUAGAUGAUGAAAUUAAGAGUUCCAUUGAUUGUUUAAAAAAUAAAUUAGUGGAACUGGAUGAUGAAUUAGCUAAUUUGUACAUCAACGACGCAAAAUUGAACAAUUUGGACAUUGAAAAUGCGCUAAUAAGACAAUUACAAAAGGGAGCGGUGACUCCUGUAUUUGGCGGGUCUGCUAUUAAAAACAAUGGCAUUUCAAUCCUACUAGAUUAUAUAUGCAAACUAAUUCCAAAUCCUAUGAAAUCAGCCAGGGAUGGACCAUGUAAUAUUCUGCGUACUUCUAAUAACAAAUCAGUAGAAUCUACAACGUCAGCUGCCUGUUACAUAUUCAAAAUAGUAAUUGAUAAGAAGAAGCGCCUAAACUGCUUCAUAAGAAUGUGUUAUGGAGAGUUAAAGGCCAAUGAUAAGUUUAGAAAUUCUACCACGAAUUCCACUAUUAAAAUUGAGUAUAUAUUUAAGGUCAAGGGCAGCGAGCAUAUCAAAGUUGAUCGUCUAAUUUCUGGGGAUAUUGGUAUGAUUUAUUCAACUAAUGAUGAUUUGAGAGCAGGGCAAUACCUUAUUAGCGGAAAAGACAUGAAUUCGGUGUUAGAUAGUGAUAAAUUUUUGUCUUACGGAUUAACAACUAGUCAAGCACCCCCAGUUUGUUUUGCAACAUUAGACUGCCCAAGAGGAGUUUCAGAACGAAACUUACUAAAUUGUGUUAAGUUAAUGUCAAUAGAAGAUCCCAGUAUCACCAUCAAUUACAACCCAAAUGAGCAAGACAAUUUAUCCAUAGGUGCACUGGGCGAAUUGCAUCUGGAAAUAUUUUUGGAAAGAUUGCUUAGGGAGUACGGGAUAAAAGCGAAAUUAGGUCCAAUACAAAUUUCAUAUAAGGAAAGGGUGACAGAAUCACUAGAUUUCGAGUAUGAAUGUGAAGGUGUUCAUAUGAAGGUAUUUCUAAACCCACUAGAAUUGCCAAAUAUGGAAAAGUACAAGGAAAUUAGCAAAGAAGGUAUUUCUAGAAAGUUUUCAUUAUCUUCCUACUGGGAUCAAGAUUAUCAGUCUCAAAUACAUAUAAAUUUAUCUAGCAAUUCCAAUGAUAGAAAAUCAUCAUCACUCACUAUUAAUGAAGAUAAACACACAAUUAAUGAACUACUAGAUACUGCACACAACUCAUUAUGCAAUGGGCCAUUAAAAGGAAGUCAAAUUGUUACAACAAAACUAACACUAAUCCUCCUUUCACAAAAUGUUUCAUCCCCGAUACUGAAGAAACACGUCAAUUUAGCUAUCAAACAGGCACUAGAAUCAUGCAAAGUGGAACUUAUGGAACCUAUUAUGCGACUGGAUAUCAACACACAAGUUGAAUAUUUGGGCAAUAUUACUAGUCAUUUGACGGCUAAUGUGGACGCUGAGAUUUGGCAAGUAAAUCACCACCCCUUUGAUGGACAGUCAGUUGAUAUUAUUGCAGUGGCCAAAUUAUCAAAACUGCACGGUAUUGCUGGAAGAAUUAAAUCUCUAGGAAGGGGCCAUACAAUAUUUUCCAUGCUACCAAUAGGGUAUACAUUCACUGAUGAUAACAUCACCAGUUGCUCGACUUAUACUUGA